AUGAGAUGGUGGGUGGCCAGCCUUGGUGCCGUGCUGGGCCUCAACAAAGAAGAAGACUUGCUUGCAAAUCAGAUGGAGGAGGUGCUGAACCAUGUGAGAAGUCGAGGCUUCCAAGAGUCGGAUCGCAGGGCUCGGCUGCUGCAGCAGGACGCGGUUGCGCGGCUGCGGCGCCAGUUGCUGGAGGCCUCCCUUGCGUCGCCGCGGCCGCAGGCCUCGGACCGGCCACGCUUCGCGUGUCCACCACCGGGUGCUGGCAUUCCGGAGAUGGGCUAUGGCACCGAUAUUGAGGAGUUCCACUACCAGCGACACCAGAUGUGGGCGGAAGAACAGGACCUCUGUCGUCGCUCCUUUGGUCUGUGGACCUAUGGCGGAAAGAGUUCCUGCGCCAUCAGGGCUGAAGUCAUUGGAUCAAUGGCUGCGCUGGUCCCUGGAGAUUUGGUGCUGGAUGUUGGCUCCGCCUGUGGGCACAUGGCACGCUGGUUCUAUGAUUGGUAUGGUGCGAAGACCUUAGGUGUUGACUUCCAGCCAGCUGCAACUGCCUUCGCGGAAAAGUAUGUCACACCUUUCGCACCUGCGCAAUUUUGCUGGUUGGAUGUGUCAUCACAGCUGGGGGAUUGGCUUCCAAAUCGAUCUGUCAAGUUGGCCACCGCCAUCAGUGCUGCCCGGCUCUACUGGACUUAUCACGGAAUCAUAGGGGACCUAUCGGAUUUACCAAUGAAAAAUGUUGAUUUGAAGAGCACGUCGUUGUUCUUGGAGAAUUUGUGCCACAGAACAAAGAAUUUGUGCCGAGUGACGCGAGAGAUGUUCCGUGCCACCGCAGUGGGUGGACACACCUGGGUCGCUCACAAUGGCGUUUACCAGGGGAAGUGGGAUCCGAAGCGGGUCUGGGGCAGUCAGUACUGGAAGUGCUGCUUCCAUGGUGAGCUGAGACGGAAAGAGGCUGUCUUGAUUGAGGUGCCAGAAGACGAGAUCUUCCAGUCGGGUGCAGAAUGGGAAUCUUGGUUUGAAUUGGUGAUAAGUUGCGUUGGGUCAUGGCGCAUUCAUCCCUGGUGUUUGCACUCAUGA